AUGGGGACUUUGGGAGCGGUAUUGAAACACCCAGAUGAUUUAUUCCCAUUAUUGAAGCUGAAAAUGGCUGCUAAACAUGCUGAAAAGCAGAUCCCACCUGAACCUCAUUGGGCUUUCUGUUAUUCUAUGCUUCAACGGGUCUCUCGUAGUUUUGCUCUCGUUGUUCAACAACUUGGCACGGAACUCCGUAACGCUGUAUGCAUAUUUUAUUUGGUUCUUCGAGCCCUAGACACUGUUGAGGAUGAUACGAGCAUACCUACAGAAGUCAAAGUGCCUAUCCUGAUAGCUUUUCACCGCCACGUAUAUGAUCCCAACUGGCAUUUCUCAUGUGGUACCAAGGACUACAAGGUUCUCAUGGACCAGUUCCAUGAUGUUUCAACUGCUUUUCUGGAGCUUGGAAAAGGUUACCAGGAGGCAAUUGAGGAUAUUACCAAGAGAAUGGGUGCAGGAAUGGCAAAGUUUAUCUGCAAGGAGGUGGAGACCAUUGAUGACUAUGAUGAAUAUUGCCACUAUGUAGCAGGACUUGUUGGACUGGGCCUUUCCAAGCUUUUCCAUGCCUCCGGAUCAGAAGAUUUGGCAUCAGAUAGCCUCUCCAAUUCGAUGGGUUUGUUUCUUCAGAAAACAAACAUUAUUCGUGAUUAUCUGGAGGACAUAAAUGAGAUACCUAAGUCACGCAUGUUUUGGCCUCGCGAGAUUUGGAGUAAAUAUGUUAACAAACUUGAGGACUUGAAAUAUGAAGAGAACUCAGUGAAGGCAGUGCAGUGCUUGAAUGACAUGGUUACUGAUGCCUUGAUACAUACGGAUGAUUGCUUGAAAUACAUGUCUGCAUUGCGUGAUCCUGCUAUAUUUAGGUUUUGUGCUAUCCCUCAGAUCAUGGCAAUUGGAACCCUAGCAGUGUGCUACCACAACAUCAAUGUCUUCAGAGGUGUAGUGAAGAUGAGGCGAGGUCUUACUGCUCAAGUUAUUCAUCGAACGAAAACAAUGGCUGAUGUCUAUGGUGCUUUCUUUGACUUCUCUUGUAUGCUGAAGUCCAAGGUUGACAAGAAUGAUCCUAAUGCAACAAAAACAUUGAGCAGGCUGGAAGCAGUACAAAAAACUUGCAGGGAAUCUGGGGCUCUAAACAAAAGGAAAUCUUACAUAAUUAGUAAUGGGCCAAAGCACAAUUCUAUUGUGAUCGUCCUACUUUUCAUUAUAUUGUCUAUUAUUUUUGCAUAUCGCUCUGCCAACCAAUCGAGUUACUAG